UACUUUAACCACAAAAACAAUGGCAGUUGCUAUUCUACUUUUCAUCUCACUCUCCCACUUCGUCACAGGUGCAAAUUCAGCCACAUUCAAUAUUGUAAACAAGUGCAGCUACCCAGUCUGGCCGGGACUUUUGUCCGGCGCCGGAACACCACAACUCUCCACUACCGGAUUCGCCCUUCAACCUGGCGAAUCUAAUGUGGUGUCCAUCCCAGCCGGAUGGUCCGGCCGUGUAUGGGGCCGGACCCUUUGCUCCACAGACUCCGUCGGAAAAUUCUCAUGUCUCACCGGAGACUGCGGUUCUUCCGCCGUAGAAUGUGGUGGCGCCGGCGCCGUACCUCCGGCGACUCUGGCGGAAUUCACCCUAAACGGCGCCGGAGGACUAGAUUUCUAUGACGUGAGCCUGGUUGACGGUUACAACCUCCCGAUGAUGGUGGUGCCUCACGGCGGCGGAAACUGUACGGCGACGGGAUGCGUGGCGGAUUUGAAUGGUGGGUGUCCAUCAGAGCUGAAGGUGAAGGCGGGAAGAGAGGAAGCGCGUAACGAGGGCGUGGCUUGCAAGAGCGCGUGUGAAGCGUUCGGUGAUCCGAAGUACUGUUGCAGUGGAGAUUACGCGACGCCACAGAGUUGCAAGCCCACUUCGUACUCGCAGUUCUUCAAGAGCGCGUGCCCACGCGCUUAUAGCUACGCCUAUGACGAUGGCACCAGCACCUUCACUUGUGCUUCUGCGGAUUAUCUCAUCACUUUCUGUCCCAAACCUCCCAAAAGUUCAAUGAAGGUUGUGAAUGGAAAAUUUCCAACGGCAGCAGAUAUCUCUAGAGGCCACAAGCUCAAACAUGAAUCAGCCACUUACAUGACAAUAGCUAUUACUGCAAUUUUAGUUUCAAUUUGGUGGAGAUUCAAUUAAAUGAAUGUUUAAUGAGAAGAACAACCAAUGGAACACACCUCAUUAGCAUGGUGAAAUUGAAUAUUAAUUGUACAAGAAAGUAAUGUUAUUUUUGUAGGUUAAAAUUUAAUAUUUAUUAAGAAUGUACAUUUG